AUGCAAGGAGCCAUUGCACGUAUGUGCAUGGUGGUGGCCGCUGCCAUAUUAAACCACCCCUUGUUCUUUCCACAAGAAAACGUCACUCUGCCGGAGCAAGACGAGGAGUUGAUGGCUCGCAUGCGAGAGCACGAGGAGAGGCUGAAAAUGGAGGAGGCCAGGCUGGAGAAAGAGCUUGCACAGAUGGACUCCAAGCAGGAGAAAACCAGCUCGGAUGAUGCGUAUACUUGGUACUUUUGGAGCGCCGUGUCCUUUGUGAUAUUCUUUACCAUUGAGAUGUGCAGGGUGGAUCUCGCUGACGCUGAACUCCGACCAGUUGAGGACGAAGACAUUGUAUCUGAGGAUGACUCUGUCCUGCCCAGGAUGAUGGUACUAGAUAAGGAUGUCUUGAGGAACUUCUGUGACAAGUGCACGUACACCUCAACCCAUGAACGCAGGAGGGUGACUGAGUUUGUUGAGGGAUUUGCUGAUGACUUGCUAGAGUCGCUCAGGAGUGUGUGUAACAGCGAGGCGGGCACAAAAGUUGGGGAUUUUUUCGGGAUUGGAAGCAUGUUUGAGUCUUGGAAGGUGUUCAAGCCUCUCAUGUGUGACCUCAUAGUGGCUCUUUCACCUGCAGAUCCCCACUCCUUCCAGUACCGUCUAUGGUGCAGCUCCCCCAUUAACAUAACUCCAGACCUGCAAGGCUGCGGCACAAUAAAAGUGACCCGGUUUGGAGAGGGUGAGGAAGGCUGUCUCUGUGGCUCUGUGAACCUGGGGGAGGACCUGCUUUGUCUGUUGCACAGCAGGAACGUUGCAGUCAAAGUAAGCCAUGGUCCAGAUGAGCUGCUGUGCUCCAAGGGCACUCAUUUUUUAUCCAAAGACCAGGUCAUGAGGUGGUUUCAGAUCUCCGUGACCAAAGCAUGGGCACGCAUCUCCUACAAAUAUGACUUUGAGGUCACGUUUCGCAACCUGGAUGCUGCGGGUGCUUUGAAAAUCCGAUUUCCCUCUGGGAAGGUCAUCGGGCUGAACAUCAUCCCAGUGGUUCAACUGGGGGAUACAGAUGCUUACUUUGUCUUGCGCUUUCCAUCAGAUCACGACAGCUGCCCAGACCCGUACUGGCCUCUCUCUUUUGCAGUUUACGAGCAAAAUCUGCUGAAAUACUUCGCUAAACGCCUACCGAAAAGUUCCUGUCAUUUACACUGCCUUCAGAUUUGUACUUUCCUACACAGAAAGCAGUCAGGACUAACAGGACAGAGUGCUCUCACCAGCUACCACCUAAAAACUGCUGUGUUGCACUUGUUGCUGAGCACAAGGACCACUUCAUGGCGCGCUGAGAGUUUGGCGCACAGGCUUCAGGAUGUGUUCAGCUUCUUGCAGAUGAGCCUGCAGGAGAAAAGACUUUACCAUGCACUGAUAGGAAACCGUAGAGUACCAGAGGAAGUCCAGGUUCCUGAGAUGUUUCGCAAAGCAGAUCCCAUUAAUCUGUUCAGGUCACUGGUGCUGCAAAGAGAACUUUAUGCCUCUACCGUCCGGCACUUUCAAGAGAUGUUGAGAAAUGCACCCGUUCUUCUGGAAGAGUACACCCCUUAUCUAUCAAAUGGAAGUUUACACCACAGUGUGGGAGCAAGUUCAUGAGCGCUGGCCA